UCAGAACUAUCUCCAGAACAUACUGUUCAUAAUAUUCGAUGUGACAUGUCCGUAUUAAAUCCCUGAAUCGCAAAAUCGCCGGCUAAGUGCGUUAGUUUUCAUAUGGUAUCCCAUUCACUACCAAAUCCAGAUUCAAUUGGGAAGUAUACGAGGAUGUUUACCUAGGCGUAGGUACUUCAUUUCUACGAAGAGAGUUAUCAUGUUGCUACUUUUUAGUGGAUUCCUACGGAUCAAAUAGUACAGAUCUUUCUCAAAUUUUAUCUUAGGUGCUUAAGCAUUUCCGGAUUCCUCGCUGGUCAAACUCUGAUUUAUACUAUUAUACUACUAUUCCAGCAAUUUAGAGUCAACUAUUUGCCCGUUUGAGAGAAAACCAGGAACCACCAAUGAAAAUGAAAGGGGACCUGCCCCUCCCAACGCCGCCUCCCACCUUCACCCGGAGAAAAACCCGGAUCCUGGAGCAGUUGGCCCGCCCAGAUGACGAGUACACGGAUGCUUCGCCUAAGGGGUCCGUAGACGCGGGGAUCCGCGAGUUGAUUGGUGAAGUUAAUGGGCUGGAUGGGUUCGUCACGACGAGUAGUUGUGCGGGGAGGGUAAGCGUGUUUCUGGAGGGGAGCAAGAAGGCUGUUGCUGUUGGUGAGGAGAACGGGGGAGAAGGAGAUGGGGUCGAUGAUGAUGAUGAUGAUGACGAUGCUGGGAAACCCGAAGUUAGGAAACUUGCGGGUGUAGGCGGGAAGGGAGGUGGGGGUGCGUGGUUGUUUGUCUCGCAUGACCCGGUUCCGUUGGCACAGGGCGAAGGGGAAGAAGAUGUGGAAGAGAUGCUGCUGGGGUUGAGGAGAAGCCCCGAGGAGGGAGACGAGGCUCGGGAAAUACUGGCGGGUGGUUCUGUUCAGGAUGUCGCUGCUGCGAGGCUUGUCCACUUCAAGUUCGAACCUAUGAUUCUCCACGUCUUGACCGCUUCGCCGGAGCACGCCCAGCUACUCCUCCGGUGUGCUCUGCAGGCCGGGUUCAGGGAGAGCGGUGCCGUGAGUCUCACCCCGGCCGCCGGAGAACAGCGUGCAACCCCUAUAGUUGCCAUCCGGUCUAUGGGUCUCACAUUCGAGUCCCUGAUCGGAUACCAGUCCGAAGGCAACGAUAAGCUACACCGCACCGUGUCGCCGGCUUAUCUACGGACGCUUAUCCGCAUAGCCAACGAGCGGUUCGUCGAGAAUACGAAGAGGAUCGAUAGAUUCCGGGCGGCCCUUGCGGAGGCAACCAAGCCGGUGAGCGAGAGCGGGUGGGAAGACGCGCAGGUCCGGCGGGAGAGAAAGAAAGCGGAGGGUCUGAGGAGGAGAGAAGAGCUGCGGAGACAGAAGAAUGAUAGUGGUGCCGCGGCCGUGGAAGACUCGGCUUUAGAUAUCUCCGUAAAUACAGAUUUCACAUGAAUAAUAUCACUCAACAACGUAC